CCAUGACAGUUCGCUCAGCUGUUUGUUGCUGUUGUAGCGAAUUGUUUGUUGGUGGGGGAAGGGAUUCCCAGCGAUUGAUACCAUUUCUCUCUCCAAAUAAAUAGCGCAUCAGGACGAAAUUCCUGAUCAUUUUCUCAAAAGAUGAAUUACUUACGCACAGCAUGCGAAAUUGCACGUACAUCGUCUGGCGUUUCGCGAUCGGCGACGCUGCUACGAUCACGUAGCACCACCACCGGUCGAUCGCUCUGUUCCCAGGUCGAGCAAAAGCCACAGCAACCGAAGCCUUCUCCCACAGGAUCCGGCAGUAAUGGUUCGACCAUCAGCACACACACCCACUCACCGAAUGCGCUGGAGAAACGUAUGCUGGUGUUUACCAAGCGGUACAAAAGCAUCGAAGAUGUUCCUAACUUUGUUAGCCAGGAAAAGAUGGAGCGUGUUCGCAAUCAGGUGCGCAUCAAGAUUGCCAACUACAUGAUGAUUGCUACCGCGAUCGGGUGCAUCGUGAUGGUGAUUAGCGGCAAGAAGGCGCAGGAGCGCGGAGAAUCCGUCGCCAAGAUGAACCUCGACUGGCACAAGGAAUACAACGAGAAGGCCCGUGCCGAGGACGAAGCAUCGGUGGCAGCUGAGUCGAAGAAAAAAUAAGCUUCCCGUAUGGCUGUGCUGUUUCAAUCUGUAACGAACGUUUAAAGUGUGAAUUUUGUUUAGGCCCUAGCAGAAGGAUUAAUCCAUCGUGUAAAUACACAACACAAGCUAUGUAAACAGCGUUUUAAGGCUUAUCGGCACCAACACGUAGAUGGUUCAGCGGUGGCUGUUUUAUUCUUCCGUCCCCUAUACAAGGACAACUAUGGAUACACACUCUCUGUCUCUGCCUCUGCUCGUAUCUAGUAUAGCGUAAUCGAUUCAACGUUGUACCACUGGCUAGGAUCGCGUGCCGAUUUGUUCGUUUUACGCUGUAUCAUGCGGCGCAAGGAAGGAGCUAGCGUUUGGAGCUCAUGCAAACAUUCCAUAUGUGUAUGGACGAUGUCCAGCAUCCGUUGCAACUGGGCGCGCAACGUGUCCUCCGUCGAGAGGAUAAACUGUUGGUAGUGAGAGUCGAGCAGUACCAUGAUCCAGCUGACCGUCUGCUCAUCACUAUCGAACGUAUCACCGUUGUGAAGCGUUUCGGUAAGCGUUGCCGAUGGAUCCAGCAGUAGAUGCUCUAGAUGCUGCAUCAGCACCGUCACGGAGCUCUUUCCUUUUUCUACGCACGUAGGAUGAAUUACUUACGCACAGCAUGCGAAAUUGCACGUACAUCGUCUGGCGUUUCGCGAUCGGCGACGCUGCUACGAUCACGUAGCACCACCACCGGUCGAUCGCUCUGUUCCCAGGUCGAGCAAAAGCCACAGCAACCGAAGCCUUCUCCCACAGGAUCCGGCAGUAAUGGUUCGACCAUCAGCACACACACCCACUCACCGAAUGCGCUGGAGAAACGUAUGCUGGUGUUUACCAAGCGGUACAAAAGCAUCGAAGAUGUUCCUAACUUUGUUAGCCAGGAAAAGAUGGAGCGUGUUCGCAAUCAGGUGCGCAUCAAGAUUGCCAACUACAUGAUGAUUGCUACCGCGAUCGGGUGCAUCGUGAUGGUGAUUAGCGGCAAGAAGGCGCAGGAGCGCGGAGAAUCCGUCGCCAAGAUGAACCUCGACUGGCACAAGGAAUACAACGAGAAGGCCCGUGCCGAGGACGAAGCAUCGGUGGCAGCUGAGUCGAAGAAAAAAUAAGCUUCCCGUAUGGCUGUGCUGUUUCAAUCUGUAACGAACGUUUAAAGUGUGAAUUUUGUUUAGGCCCUAGCAGAAGGAUUAAUCCAUCGUGUAAAUACACAACACAAGCUAUGUAAA